AUGAAUAGGACCUUCACCAUCAUCAGUCCCCAUUUCCAGCACUUCAAGGAAAACGACUGGUCCGUUUGGUUCCAUCUGAAACUGGUUCCUAUCCUCCCAAGUUUCAGUCCAGUGAUGCUCAAGAAUGCAACCACAAACGUAAACUGCACAAGCUACCAUGUCGUUGUGAGUGGGAUGGCCAAAGCUUUCCCUGCAAUGCCGUUGCAUAGACGACAAGGAAUCACAGAUGUUCUGCUGGGCUACCUGAGAAAAUCUGCCAAUGUCAUCAACGAGCCAGGUGGCCGUUGUGGACUCCUCUCACCAAACCAGAAGGCUGAGCUGAUCCUGGAUCCAGACAGCGGCGCUUUGGAAGAUGAGGCCAUCAUAAGGAAGGUGUUCACAAGCUUGACAGAGUCCCCUGAUGAUGAGCAGCUCAAACUGUUUUUCCAGGCUUUCACAAACAUCAACAAGCAGCAAAACAUCACCAUCAUCACAAAUCCAGGCGUACGGGACACCAUCUUGAACCUGACCUUGACAGCCCUUGCUGGUGAAUUUGAAGACUUUGAGGCUGAAGACUUUCAGCUGUGGUUCCAGGUCAAUUUGGCUCCUGUCAUGGCGAGCCUCCGUCCUGACAGCUUGGUGGUGAUCCCCAGUGACAUCAGCUGCGCAUCCUACGCAGCUAUACUCACUGGUCUUCAGCAAAGUUUGAAAUCCCUGCCACUGCACCUGUCACAGGGCGUGAUAUCAAGCAUAGACUCACUCAAGGAGACAUUCACACGUUGCUCAGUUCCAGAUUCCUUCACGUGCAAAGAAACCCUGGUUGAUGAGGACCUCAUCUGUGCUGCAGUCGACAGAUCACAACUGGAACAAACCCUGUCCAGUGGCAAUUCCCCUGAAGCCCUGUGCAAUUUUACCAUCACUCAGCAUGCCUGUUCCUCGGCUACACAUCUCACAGCCAGCAACUUGGUCACACUGAUGAAAUGCUCACUAGAAAGCCAAAGGACAUACCCGGUAGAAGUCUGGAAGCUUUUCUUCCAAAAGCUUCUACUGCACUAGAGCAGGCUCUUGAGACCUUCGCCACCAUGGCCCCCAACAACAGCAGCCCAUCCUUGUCACAUGCUCUCGAGGCUCUUGGAGAGGUGAGCAUUGCAAACUUCAGCCAGGCACAACUGCAGAGUGAUGCCUUUGUCAGACUCUGGUUCCAGACAAAGAUUGGUCCGUUUUUGGCCUCUCCAUCCCCAACUUCCUAUUCUGCCUUAGCUCCAAGAACUUCAGCUGCCAAUCGUACCAGACAGUCAUCCAGGCACUCAGCAGGCAAAGGGUAUCCAUGGACAGAGAAACACAGCAAGCAGUCUUCACUCAUUUCAUCAAACCAUUCCUUUCAAGAAAUGACUCAUCAGAUCCUGGCUGUGUCUCUUUUACCAGAGGUAGUAAAGACUGGCUACAAGCAAACCUUGGCAGCUUCUCCGGUUUUGCAAGCCUGCAGGAUUUGCAAGCCCUCAAUCCCAACUUCUCCAGUAGCGAAUCGUUGUCAGUGCUCACUCCUACUCAGGUGGCGCAGUUGACACUGAGUUCAGGGGCCUCGAACGACACAGACCAAAUCGACCGUGUGUUUGAGCGACUUGAGGAGGGCAACGCGCUGGAAAAUGUGGAUGAAUUCCUGACACAGCUGACUGCAAACGGAAAGGUCCCUGACUUCCAACCUGUUGUGAGAGAUCGUAUAAUGAAUAGGACCUUCACCAUCAUCAGUCCCCAUUUCCAGCACUUCAAGGAAAAA